AUUCGCCAUCAAGAUGGCGUCAUCGAAGGAAACCUAUUGUUUGUGUGGUCAACCAUAUAAUAUUGGACAAUUUAUGAUAGAAUGUGAUUGCUGUCGUGAGUGGUUUCACGGCAGCUGUGUUGAUGUUAAGAUAUACCAAUCAGAUGACAUAGACAAGUACCACUGUCCAAAAUGUGCACAAACCUAUGGACCGUCGGUGUUGAAAAUCCCUACAAACAACCAUCGAGCGGAUCGCUACGAGCUCGGGGCCGAGACUCGGGCCUCGCAGACCGGGUCCCCGGCCUGGGUGCGCGCGCUGGCCGCGAGGCCGCUGCGGCCCGCGCCGCCGGCGCUCGCACGGCUGCAACCGAGACAGUUCACCGAAGAGUUCGUCCGCGAUAAUGGCUUCACCCGGCCGAUCUUAUUCACCACGUCCGAGGGUCUGGAGAUGGAAACUCCGAACCCCGCAACGUUUAGCGCUCGUUCCGUGCUCCGGUUCUGUGGGAAGAACCAUGAGGUGGAAGUGAUAGAUGUCCGACGGCAGACCACACUGAGGAUGCCUUUGGGCGAUUUCGUGGAGUAUUUCGAGACCCCUCCGGACUUGAGGGGGGAGAGGGUGCUCAAUGUACUCAGCCUAGAAUUUAGUGAUACCAAUAUGGCGCCGCUAGUGGAGCCCCCCGGCACGAUCCGCCGCCUGGACUGGGCGAGCAGCGCGUGGCCGGCCGCGGAGGCCCCGCCCCGGCCGGCCGUGCAGAAGUACUGCCUCAUGUCGGCCGCCGGCUCCUACACGGACUUCCACGUCGACUUCGGCGGCACCGCCGUCUGGUACCACGUCAUGCACGGGGGGAAGAUAUUCUACCUAAUACCUCCUACAUCCACAAACCUGGCCCUCUAUCAGCAAUGGAGUGCGUCCAAUAAUCAGAACGAGAGAUUCUUCGGGGACAUGGUGGAAUGGUACGGCACGGCGGAGCUGUGCGCCGGGCAGACGCUCUGCAUCCCGGGCGGGUGGAUCCACGCCGUGCUGACCCCGCAGGAUACCCUAGUGUUCGGCGGCAACUUGCUCCACUCUUACAGCAUCGAGAUGCAGCUGCAGAUAUACGAGAUUGAGAGGCGAGUGGAGACGCCAAUAAUGCUCCGGUAUCCAUUAUUCGAGGCGAUGCACUGGUACGCCGGCGCGCACCUUUUAACAAUGUUGCGGAGACACAACGAGGAGACGCAGGACGAAGACUUCACUCUGCACGAAGUGGGAACGAGCGCGCCGGCCCCCCUCCCCCCGCUGCUGCUGCGCGGAGUCCGCAUCCUCGCCACCGCGCUCAAGGAGUGGCAUGCGCUCAAGAGUACGGACUCCGCGAAGCGCGACAACGUACCCAAGUGCCUCAAUUCCGGUCAGCUAGUUAGAGAGCUGUGCAAAGAACUGCGCACUCUCGAGAAACGGUCUGCCAGCGCAGCUAACAAAGAUAAGGACUUCAAAAUAAAGAACCACAUAUCGCCCAACAAAGCGAUAGCCAAAAAGCAGCCGGCGCCGAAGAAAUCACUGAAACUGACUCUGCCCAAACCCAUCAUGCACAUGGCUCAGCCUGACGAGUUUGUUGAGGAGAAAAUAUACGCGGACAAGUUCUAUAUAGAGAAUAAAGAAGUCGUGUAUGACAGCAGGUAUCCGCAAGGUAUAAAAUACGCCAACGGCCUCCAAGACACGAAGUACAUAGUGGAGAGCAAGGAACCCCUGCCCGAGAAAUACACCUUCCAACAUUACGAGGAACCCGUAUACCACGACCCGGCUUACGAUAGACAGGAUAAGAAGAUGAUGAAGAUCAGCGCCUCCCCGCCUCGCGAGGACCAACCCCCUCCCCCCUACAGCCUCCCAGAGCACUCCAUCCUCAAAUCCCACCUCGUACGGACGGACCGACCAGCCCUCAAGCCCAUACAUCAGUGGACCAUCUCCAAGAAAGACCUGGGCUACCAGGAGGAGCAGAUACUGUUCACUAACGAGAACCUGCAGGCCAAUAUGAGGGUUGAGCAGGAUAUCAAUUAUGGACCUGGCAUGUAUUCAGCAGAGGAUAUCCAGCAAGAUUACCAAUACUCGGAGGCGGCUAAACCAGGCUCAUACCAACCUGAAUAUGGAUAUCCCACCGCGGCUUAUUCAAGACUCGAAGCUCCAAUGCAGACAGUGCAGCAGGCGGCGAGUUACGCGCCCAUGGUACCCGACAUGAACGGGUACCACGCGCUACCAUCAUACGACGCGGCCAUAGCGCAGCAGUAUCCCGCCAAUAACUAUGUGAUAGAAGAGCAAAAGCCACCAGCCCCUCGGCCAGUACGCCGCUCCGAGCGCCCCGUGCGGCGCCGCGUGUCGCACACCUACGACUACGAGGACGGGGACUUGUACAUCGACGACACGCCCGCACCGCGCCGACGCAAACAACGCCCCAAGCCUUACAACCAACGUAACUAUAUCUAUCAAAAGCCACCAGCCCCUCGGCCAGUACGCCGCUCCGAGCGCCCCGUGCGGCGCCGCGUGUCGCACACCUACGACUACGAGGACGGGGACUUGUACAUCGACGACACGCCCGCACCGCGCCGACGCAAACAACGCCCCAAGCCUUACAACCAACGUAACUAUAUCUAUCAAAAGCCACCAGCCCCUCGGCCAGUACGCCGCUCCGAGCGCCCCGUGCGGCGCCGCGUGUCGCACACCUACGACUACGAGGACGGGGACUUGUACAUCGACGACACGCCCGCACCGCGCCGACGCAAACAACGCCCCAAACCUUACAACCAACAAUCCAACUCGUAUCGCGCGCCUGCCGUAGCGCCUCCACGGCCUGCAAAUGGUAUCGAGUCCCUUAUUCAAGCCUCUGUAUUAGCGGAGGAGGACCCUCCCGAUCACACUACGGAAGACGCGGCGGUGGCGGUGGCGGGGAUGCUGAGCAUCAGCGAGCGGUACGAAGCGCCACCGCGCACGUUCGGGCUGGCCAGCGACGAGCCCGACCCGCCCGACCCGCCCGAGGAGAGGUACUCAUCUAACCAGCGGUACGAAGCGCCGCCGCGCACGUUCGGGCUGGCCAGCGACGAGCCCGACCCGCCCGACCCGCCCGAGGAGAGCAGUGCGAGCUCGCGCGGCAACAAGCGCGUGCGCAAGCCCGCGCCGCGCGUGGAGGACCCGCUGCUGGACGACGAGGACGUCAUCAAAGAGGUGCAUCGGGACGAGGAAUAUGUGUACCCGUCGUUGGAGAUGAGCUCCGACGAAGAUGAGGAGUGGACGUCAUCUCGGCGGCGGCGGAACUCCAGAAACAGGGUGGAUUCUAGGUCUAAGGGGGAUAAGGACGAGUCGUGGUCGCCCCGCGCGCGGCUCGGGCGACUCGUGCCGCGCCUGCGCGGACCCGCGCGCGCGGGCGUGCGGCGCGAGUGUGUGCGCGCGGCAUUACACGCCGCCGCGCACCAGCCCGCACCCGCGCAGGCGCAGCAGCGGAGGGACCAGGUAACACUGCCUUCUACUAGACAUUACUGCGCGGGCGUGCGGCGCGAGUGUGUGCGCGCGGCAUUACACGCCGCCGCGCACCAGCCCGCGCCCGCGCAGGCGCAGCAGCGGAGGGACCAGGUAACACUGCCUUCUACUAGACAUUACUGCGCGGGCGUGCGGCGCGAGUGUGUGCGCGCGGCAUUACACGCCGCCGCGCACCAGCCCGCACCCGCGCAGGCGCAGCAGCGGAGGGACCAGGUAACACUGCCUUCUACUAGACAUUACUGCGCGGGCGUGCGGCGCGAGUGUGUGCGCGCGGCAUUACACGCCGCCGCGCACCAGCCCGCGCCCGCGCAGGCGCAGCAGCGGAGGGACCAGGUAACACUGCCUUCUACUAGACAUUACUGCGCGGGCGUGCGGCGCGAGUGUGUGCGCGCGGCACUACACGCCGCCGCGCACCAGCCCGCGCCCGCGCAGGCGCAGCAGCGGAGGGACCAGGUAACACUGCCUUCUACUAGACAUUACUGCGCGGGCGUGCGGCGCGAGUGUGUGCGCGCGGCAUUACACGCCGCCGCGCACCAGCCCGCGCCCGCGCAGGCGCAGCAGCGGAGGGACCAGGUAACACUGCCUUCUACUAGACAUUACUGCGCGGGCGUGCGGCGCGAGUGUGUGCGCGCGGCACUACACGCCGCCGCGCACCAGCCCGCGCCCGCGCAGGCGCAGCAGCGGAGGGACCAGGUAACACUGCCUUCUACUAGACAUUACUGCGCGGGCGUGCGGCGCGAGUGUGUGCGCGCGGCAUUACACGCCGCCGCGCACCAGCCCGCGCCCGCGCAGGCGCAGCAGCGGAGGGACCAGGUAACACUGCCUUCUACUAGACAUUACUGCGCGGGCGUGCGGCGCGAGUGUGUGCGCGCGGCACUACACGCCGCCGCGCACCAGCCCGCGCCCGCGCAGGCGCAGCAGCGGAGGGACCAGGUAACACUGCCUUCUACUAGACAUUACUGCGCGGGCGUGCGGCGCGAGUGUGUGCGCGCGGCAUUACACGCCGCCGCGCACCAGCCCGCGCCCGCGCAGGCGCAGCAGCGGAGGGACCAGGUAACACUGCCUUCUACUAGACAUUACUGCGCGGGCGUGCGGCGCGAGUGUGUGCGCGCGGCACUACACGCCGCCGCGCACCAGCCCGCGCCCGCGCAGGCGCAGCAGCGGAGGGACCAGGUAACACUGCCUUCUACUAGACAUUACUGCGCGGGCGUGCGGCGCGAGUGUGUGCGCGCGGCAUUACACGCCGCCGCGCACCAGCCCGCGCCCGCGCAGGCGCAGCAGCGGAGGGACCAGGUAACACUGCCUUCUACUAGACAUUACUGCGCGGGCGUGCGGCGCGAGUGUGUGCGCGCGGCACUACACGCCGCCGCGCACCAGCCCGCGCCCGCGCAGGCGCAGCAGCGGAGGGACCAGGUAACACUGCCUUCUACUAGACAUUACUGCGCGGGCGUGCGGCGCGAGUGUGUGCGCGCGGCAUUACACGCCGCCGCGCACCAGCCCGCGCCCGCGCAGGCGCAGCAGCGGAGGGACCAGGUAACACUGCCUUCUACUAGACAUUACUGCGCGGGCGUGCGGCGCGAGUGUGUGCGCGCGGCACUACACGCCGCCGCGCACCAGCCCGCGCCCGCGCAGGCGCAGCAGCGGAGGGACCAGGUAACACUGCCUUCUACUAGACAUUACUGCGCGGGCGUGCGGCGCGAGUGUGUGCGCGCGGCACUACACGCCGCCGCGCACCAGCCCGCGCCCGCGCAGGCGCAGCAGCGGAGGGACCAGGUAACACUGCCUUCUACUAGACAUUACUGCGCGGGCGUGCGGCGCGAGUGUGUGCGCGCGGCAUUACACGCCGCCGCGCACCAGCCCGCGCCCGCGCAGGCGCAGCAGCGGAGGGACCAGAACGCGAAGAGAGCGGUGCUCGCCACAAAAAGUAGGCGGCCCCCACCGCCAGUACACAAUACGCCAAAUAACAAGAAUUCAAGACUGAAAAAGGGUAUGAAGACGGCGAAGCAGCGCCUAGGGAAGAUCCUCAAGAUACACAAAAUGAUAUAUUAGCUUAUAGCUCUAGCCACAGCGACGUCAGCGAUCGGUAUGAUGCACAAAUAUAUAUACCGGUUUUUUCCACACUAGCUAGAUGGACUCCAAUUGGGGCAUUUUCUAUGAAAAGGGACCUUAUUGUCGAUGGCGCAUACGCCGCACAGCGUCGCGCGGCAUUGUAUUUAUAUCCGAGCAUCGUCAAUAAUGGCGUAAGCGCCAUCGACAAUAAGGUCCCUUUUUAUAGAAAAUACCACAAUUAUACAUUUUUACGAUUUUUUUUAGUAAGUUAAUAUUUUGAUGUCAACUUUGCCCACUAAAGUGCAAUAGUACAGUCGCCAUCAGAUAUAUCAGAGCGGGCGAGGUGCUCAAAAAUAUCUGAACACUAACGCCUUGACAAUUGAGGCGUGCUCAGAUAUUUGUGAGCACCAAGGUGCUCACAAAUAAGCCAAGGCCGCUCCUAUGCAGAGUGGCUAAAAAAUAAGUGCAUUCCCGUUCCCAGGGAGGUUUUGGGAUUAUACUCGUACUGAGCAACUUUUAGUAAGGGACCAACUCCGAAAUCGCGAAAAAAAAUUUGGCUGUUUCAUACAUUUUAGCUGGUCCAUUUUCUAUGGGAGGGUAAAUUUUUUUUUCGCGAUUUCGAAUUUUGUCCCAUAGUAAAAGUUGCUCAGUAUAAUCCCAAAACCUCCCUGGCAACGGGAAUGCACUUAUUUUUUAGCGAUUCCUAAAAGAGUGACUAAAUGUCGUAAACCCAUUAUGAACAUGGUUUUGGUUUUGGUUGAGUCGCUAGUAUUGUCACAGUUUAAUUACUGCGACACCGUUUAUGGACCACGUCUGCUGGCUAAAACCGCGCAUGCAAUUGAAAGAGUCCAAAAUGCUUGUACUAGGUUUUGUUUCUCGGUGCCAAAGCGAGCCCAUGUCACACCGUUUCUUAACGAGAAGAAAAUUCUAAAGAUGGCAGCACGUAGAACCUUGCAUAUAGCUAGUAUGGUUAAAAAUGUAGUUUCUAGUCAAAAACCAGAAUAUCUUUAUAAUAAAUUCCGUUGGAUGAAAGACGUUCACGAUCGGUGACUUUAUACGUACGAGUACGUACUUUUUUUACAUUUUUGUUGAAAUUACUUAAUUUAAAAAGACAAUGCAAAAAAGCAUAAUAAAUAUUAGUUAUAUUAUCCACGUAUUUUAAUUUUUAUUAUACGUAAUCGUAAUUAUUUUGUUGUAUUUUCGCUUAUGCAGGACAUAAUUAUACUUUUUUACAAAACUUCAUAAUUAGCCUCAUGCAUGAAGUUUAUAUUUGAACGAAAUAUGUUUUAUUCGGAUGUUUUUUACCGUUAUAUCAUGUUAAAAAUGCAUUUCCGUUUUUAAAUUACCAUUUAAUUACUUAAAAUUAUAAAUAAAAAGUACAAAAAUUUGCCCGCGAAAAGCUAGUGAGCGAAACGCUCGAAACGCCACGUGACGUCACGCGUUCGACAGAUUAGUGUCAUAAGUAGCAAACGUCAGUUGGACCGCCCAACGUGUGACGUCAUCACGCUCUGUCGAAUUCGCGCCAAAAAUUAUGAGCGUUUCAACCGCUCAAAAAUUUUCAACAUUUUAAAUAUUUUUUAAUAAAAUAAUGUUAAUGUUUACAAAAGUAUUUUUAUCAUUUCCGGUGUUCCAACGAUAUAAAUUAUGAAUCCAAAAAUAAAAAUAAAUUCAUGCAUGGAGCUAAUUGAAAUUUGAUUUAGUAUGUACACUAUAUAUUUGUGCAAUAUACCAUAAGACGGACAAUUAGGUGUAUAUUUAUAUAUAAAGUAUGUAGCACGGACCAAUAUGUGUUGUGGGUGUGUGGGUUUCUGUCUGUAUAUGUGAUACCACACUAUAGUAUUUUUCAUAUAGCUUGGGUACGGAUGACAACUGUCAUUUUCAUACAAUUUACAACCUUAAAACGUAAAAUAUGGCUAAAGUAUGUGUAAAAUGUAAAAUUUUAUGAAUAAAUAAUUGAAUUAAAUUGAAUAAGUUUGGCGGUGGGGCCGGAAGGUUCUGGAGUGGCGUCCGCGUACCGGAAGACGAACUGCCGGUAGGCCUCCAACGAGAUGGAGCGACGACCUGGUGAAGGUCGCGGGAAUUCGGUGGAUGCGAGCGGCACAGGAUCGGUCGGAGUGGCGAGCCUUGGGGGAGGCCUAUGUCCAGCAGUGGACGUCUAUCGGCUGACAUGAUGAUGAUGAUGUAUAAGUUUGUCUGGAAGAGAUAGCUUUUUAGCGAUAAGACCGCCGGUUAUCUGCCCCUAUUUUUAAUCAGUUGUUUUUCAUUAAGCUUUAUCUUUUUCUGAGGUGUGCCAAUGAAGAGUAUUCUAUCUAUCCAUCUAUGCAAAAUAUGUAUUGAGAUGACAGCUGUCACCGUACCCAAGCUAUUUGAAAGAUACUAUAUGCGGCAUUUUCUAUGAAAAGGGACCUUAUUGUCGAUGGCGCUUACGCUGCACAGCGUCGCGCGGCAUUGUAUUUAUAUCGGAGCAUCGUUAAUAAUGGCGUAAGCGCCAUCGACAAUAAGGUCCCUUUUUAUAGAAAAAACUACAUAUCUUCUUAUUCUUUUAAGGAUAUUUUUGACUUUAAUACUUAAUUAUAAAUCGUUUCUGUUAUUGGUUGUUCCAGAAUAGUAUUAAUGUGUGGAUUUAAAUGUUCUAUUAGCAAUUUUUGUCUUGAACAUGUUUAAGGACCUCGUGGCCUUUAUGUAGGUAUAUUUCGCUGUGGUAUGAUUAUAAAAUUAUGUUGAUAAAGUAAUAUAAUUAUAGCUUAUUCUUUAAUUACCUGUUAUUAAAUAGGUAUAUCAGAGGUCAUUCAAAACAUUCAUUAGAUAUAAUAUUCAUUUUGGGCCGAAAUUUAUUUUCGUUGUCUUGUUUAUUUGUUCCCAAAAAUGUGACGGGAGUGGAGCUUUUUGUAUGCCGUGAAAUUUAGUUUAUAAUUUUUCUCAAGAGAACUAGAAAGACAUGCAAUAGCACUCAAUUUUUUUAUUUAUUUGAUAAAAGAAAAAAAUAGAAGCGUGACAGUGGUCAGAAACAAGACAACGAAAAGAAUUUUGACCCUUUUACAUUUUGGUCAAAUUAAAGUGCAACCAGAUUUUUCAUUAUAAAUCAAAAAAAAUUAUGAACUUACUGAAAAAAAUAUUGACAUAAAUAAACAUGGACAUUUUAUACGAAUACUAGAAAAUUAUAUUUUUUUCUAUUAUAAUUAGAUCUGAUUCGUUUUGUAAUUCGCUUUUCUACUUAUAAAUGUUUUGUCUAAAUUAUAAAUUGUUAUUUUAGUCUGACAGAUUUACUCAAAAUUGACAGCUACCCGCACUUUUGACAUUAUUUAUAUUAUAACAAGAUGUGUUCAGUCAACUAAUUUGAUUCUUAGGCCACUAUAGAACCAUGUCAUAAUGAAUCAAUUUGUUUAUCUUCUACUAUUUGCUUAUUUGCUUUGCUUCGGCCACAUAAUGAGGAGGGGAGAUGAAAGCCUUGAAAAGCUGAUCAUUGUUGGAAACACGGAGGGCAAACGAGGCCGGGGACGGUCUCCAAAAAGAUGGAGCGAUCAAGUAAAAGGGGCCCCAUCCUCAACCAGCUUUUGCUCGGUCGUCAGAAACGCGAUGGACAGGCACCGAUGGAGGCAGAUUAAAAGAACCAGGUGUGGAGCAUCCACAUCCACUGAUGACCACGAUCCUCAGUCAUGAGGCAGCGACCACAGAGAGAGACAGUGCUUAUUGAGUGGUAUAUAUCAUGUAUCUAGUAGUUAAAGAGACAAGGUUCUACAGUGGCGUAGGAAUCAAAUUGGUCGACUAUACCUGUAGUUAUCGGAAUUAAAUCUGUCAGGCUAAGAAUUGUAUAUUUAAGGUUUUGACAGCUAUGUCAUUUUCACCUUUAAAAUCCACAUGCAUGAAUUUUAAAAGUUUUAUUGUACUAUAUAAUUGGAUGUUGAUAAGAUCAUUGUGGAGAAGACCGUCUGCAAGCUCUUUCGUCGCUUUUAACUCUUGUAUAUUUUGUACACAUACUACACUUACAGAAGGUCGGUACCGUAAAAUGGGGUUACUUUGAUUCACGGGGUAACAUUAAUCAUCGAUUUUUAAGGAAUAGGGAGUUAAUUUUUGAACGCGAACAAUCAUUUUAUGAUGUUGGCAUGCUUAACAGAAAUAGAUGAUGAAAGCAUUCAAAAACGAAUUCCUUAUAGUUUAAAAAUCAAUGAUUAAUGUUACCCCACGAAUCAAAGUAACCCCAGUUUACGGUAGAGCAAGAAAUUCGUAGAGUCCUUACCCGUCUUCUCUACAAUAAAUUUUAUAUUAUAUGCCGAUCUUUCCCAAAAUUGACCUUAUUUUGAUUUUAGAGCCUUAAAUUUAAUAUAUCUGUUGCAAUUAUAUUAGUUCAAUAAAACAUUCAUUCAAAAAACAUUAUAUUUUCACACCAGUCCCACCUUGGAAUCACUGUAUGUAAAUAGGCUAAAUUACGAAUAAAUUAAAAAAGAAUAAAAUUUAUAAAAAAUGUAGAUCGUAAUAAAGUCAAUAAUACUUA